AUGUGUAUGCCAACGCCGAGCAAUGUCUCUGGAUUCGGUUAUUCAUGGGGCUUCACCAGCUCCACCGAUCUCACGAAGGGCGAGGUGGAGACUCCUAGCAGUUUAAGUUAUACUUUAGGAAAUACGGUUUCACCAGAAACUACUUUGACUGUUAUGUCACAUAAGACACCACAAGUGCAGGAAAAAGUUGGUACGGUUGCAGUAGCAGUAUCCAAUUCCGCAGCACAGGUCACAAGAGUAGUAGCCACUGGUACACCGGUCACUGCACGGAGAAUGUUUGUGGUUAAUGAGGCACCUGCACAUACAUUAAACAGGGUCUCACAGCAAAAUCAGACGGCCACAAUACAAACUACCAAUCUGUCUGCAAAACCUUUUCUCACACCGAUCGGCCCUAUCCAAUUAACGGCGGAAGAAUGCAACGAAAUAUUGAUGAAGCGAGCACUCCAAGCGCAGGGCAUAGCCACACCUGUCAUAGAUGCCUCCCAACUGAACCAUACUCUCCUAAAUGGUAGUUUGAAAACUAUAACAGAGGCAACCCAAACACAAGCAGAUACAAUACAAACAACUACAGUACAUCAGCAUUUGUUACACACCAAACAAGAGCCAGGAACAGCAAAUAAUUCACCUAAAGCGAUGUAUUCGCAGACGGAGCUGCUGAACAGCGCUGUGCUGAUGCCGAGCGCGCCGCCCACGGUGAAGGAGAGGCCCUACUCGUGCGACGAGUGCGGCAAGUCGUUCCUGCUGAAGCACCACCUUACAACGCACGCUAGGGUGCACACGGGCGAGCGGCCCCACGUGUGCGCGCACUGCGGCAAGGCGUUCGCGCGGAAACACUGCCUGAACACUCACCUGCUGCUGCACUCCGCCGACCGGCCCUACAAGUGCCACGAGUGCAAGAUGGCCUUCACCCUCAAACACCACCUGGUCACACACUCGAGGGUGCACAGUCGCGGGCGGCCGUUCAUGUGCGGCGAGUGCGGUCGCGGGUUCCCCUUGAAGCGUCACCUGGUCACGCACAGCAAGUACCACGCCGGCGAGCGGCCCUACGUGUGCAGCGAUUGCGGCGAGAACUUCGCCCAAAAGGAGCACCUGGUGAUGCACAGCCGCUUCCACGGGUCGCUGUCGCCGUUCGUGUGCCCCGACUGCGGCGCGGCGUUCGCGCGCAAGUUCCAGCUGGUGAACCACGGGCGCGCGCACGGCCGCGUGCCGCACGCCUGCCCCGUCUGCGGCAAGGAGUUCCUGCAGAAGCGCACGCUCGUCGCGCACAUGAAAAUCCAUACAGGAGAGGGUGUCGUUGCGUGUUUCGAGUGUGGCGAAGCCUUCAAGAGCAAAUCUGAACUACAGCAACAUUGUAAAAUAACGAGACACUGUUUGACCACCUCGCAAACGCAGCAGCAGCAGCAGCAGCAGCAAGCUCAACAACAACAGCAACAAGUACAGCAGCAGCAGCAACAACAGCAACAACAACAACAGCAGCAACAGCAGCAGCAGCAACAACAACAACAGCAGCAGCAGCAGCAGCAACAACAACAGCAGCAACAACAACAACAGCAGCAGCAGCAGCAGCAGCAACAGCAGCAGCAGCAGCAACAGCAACAACAGCAGCAACAAGCUACUGUGAUAAAACAAGAUGAGUUUAAACCACAAAUUGUUCAGGUCAUUGGUGCUGAUGGUCAAAUCCUAACAGAGAAAACCACUCCGGGAUAUGCAUGUCCUGAGUGUGGAUCAUGUUUCAACACAAAGGAGGCGCUAUCGCUCCACCUGCGGCUGCACGCGGGCGACCGCACCUGCGUCACGGACCUGUGCGCGCUCACGGCGGCGCUGCAGCCCGGCCUGGUGGCGGCGCACCACGCCUCGCACAAUCAACCGAUACAAAUUAUUUCUUCCAACCCCAAUAAUGUUGUACAUACGCAAGUUAUAGCAACGAAUCAUCAUAUAACUCCACCACGGCCUAAGAUUCACUUUUGUGCAGACUGCGGGAAGGGUUUCGCGGCAAAACACGGUCUAUUCGCACAUCACAAGAGGCAUCCAGAUGGCAGUUGUACAUUACGAACUCACGUCUGCGACCAAUGUGGCAAAGCGUUCUUUCAGAAAAACCACCUCAUGCUACACCAGAGGCAACACAUGGACCUUCCGCCCAGAUCUUCGCAGGCGCAACAGCAGGCGACGCAGCAAGCGCAGCAGCAAGCGGCACAGCAGGCGGCGCAGCAGGCGGCGCAGCAAGUUGCGCAGCAGGUGCAGCAACAGGUGCAGCACCAGCAGCAGCAACAACAACAACAACAACAACAACAACAACAACAACAACAGCAGCAACAGCACCAGCAGCACCAGAACAGCCUCGAGAUGGACCAGCAAGACCACCAACAGCCCACCCACAUACAAGUGGUGACGAACCGGUCCGGCCAGGUGAUAGGCAACCAGAUCGUGGUGGGCGGCGUGGGCGGCGUGCAGAGGCGCGUGCUCGGCUCGCAGCUGCACAUCAUCGGCCGCGACGGGAAGCCGCUCACCGCGCAGCUGCCGCCGCACAAGCCGCGCCACCACAACGCCGGUGACGUUAAAGAAGUGGGCGGCCUGGUGCUAUCAACGGGCAGGGGGACUGGCCUUAUAAAGUACGAGAUUUCCAUACCUCCUCCGACGUCCGUAGUGCAAGUGCAACAGUUGGAU